UAUAGCCGCUAAAACAUCUCGAAUAACUCUCGAACUGAAUCAAUGUAAAAAAUAAAACAGCUGUUGUCACGGUUUAUUAGUCAGUAACUAACACGCGGUCAUGUUCACCAGUCGCGUAAAUAUAAUAAUGAGUAAUAGAAAUGAUUAUAUUUUUUGACGUCUUCUUGACUAAAUAUCAAAUGAUUAUCGAGUCCGUUGGUGAUGCCGUUAGAUUUACCCCAGCCGGAUGAUAAAUUUAUUUUUAUAUACAAUUAUUAUAUAGUGUAUGCAGAGUUUCGAUUCAACGACAGCUUCCUUUAGUUGAUGCAAUUUAAUAAUAAUUUUAUAAAUGGAGGAAGACGAUAGUGAUAAGACGGAAAUAGUGGGUAGGCAAAGCCACAGUACCUCACCCAGCAUCUAUCGAUCCACAAGCAAUCUCAAUAAAGGAUCUCAGCAAACUAUUUAUUACAGUGUUAGAAAUACUAUGUACGAAGAUGCGUUAAGUCAAAAUGAAAAUGAGAAUGAAGAAAUCGCAAAUUGUAUGACUACUGAUGAUGAAUCUUGCACUGGGAGAGGAACUGAAGAAACGAUAAUUGAUGGAAGUUGUCAAGAUUUUGGACCCGAAGAAGAAACGUUAAAUUUAUAUUUUUCUGACGGGAUUCGAUCUAUUGAUUUUGUUAUUGUAUGGGAUGAGCAUGACGAGGAGGCCAUGACAUUACGGUGUACAGAGUUUAGGAAGAUUUUUGAAGAAAACUUAGAAUUAGAGGGUCUGCAGUUGGAGUAUGAAUCACCAGAGCCGAGCGGUUUAAGAUUUAUUAAAAUUCACGCUCCCCAGGAGGUCCUCAGACGGUAUGCGGAAAUACUUAAACUGAGAUUACCAAUGAAAGAGUUAAUAACUGGCCCGUCGACAUCAUCUCUACGAAGCAACACGAUAAUGCGUGAAGUCAACAGCUGGAUAACUAAUUUUAUGAAGCAUUAUUACGUAGACACGAGAAUUUUUCCUAAAAUAAAGCAUCGUUUUACUGCCGUAUACAGCCGUGAUAAAGAAUAUUUAUUUGAUUAUGAUAUCCCGGAGUUUUUCACACCUGCCACCCACUCGAGGAUCGUACAAUUUAUUCUAGAUCGUACUAAGUUUACAAAGAACAAACAGGACGAUUUUGCAUUUGGGAUUGACAGGCUUAUUUCUGAGCAUGCCUACGUAGCAGCAUAUCCACUUCACGAUGGAAAUUUACACACGCCAGCCUCUAUGAGAUAUUUAUUGUACACCCACUGGGCAAGUCUGAGAAAAUGUUUUCAUUAUCAACCUCUGGACUACAUAAAAGAAUAUUUUGGAGUUAAAAUAGGAUUGUACUUUGCUUGGCUUGGGUUUUACACGCACAUGCUGGUACCAGCAAGUAUAGUUGGUCUACUUUGUUUCAUUUACGGAUGCCUGACCCUUUACACAAAUAAACCGAGCGAAGAUAUUUGUAAUGGUAAUAAAUCAAUUUACAUGUGUCCACUCUGUGAUCACAUUUGCGGUUACUGGGAUCUAAAAGAAACUUGCCUGCACGGCAGACUUACAUAUCUAUUCGACAAUCCGUCUACUGUUUUGUUUUCAAUCUUUAUGUCUCUAUGGGCAACAUUAUUUCUCGAGCUGUGGAAGAAAUACUCAGCCGAAAUAACCCACAGGUGGGAUCUAACGGGUAUAGAUGCUCAAGAGGAACAUCCGCGACCUCAAUACUUAGCAAGACUGGCUCACAUUAAAAAAAAAGCUAUAAAUGUGAUAACAAAUACAGCGGAGCCGAAAGUUCCAUUCUGGAGCAUGAGACUUCCAGCAACAAUUUUAAGUUUCUCUGUUGUUUUAUUACUGAUCACAGUAGCGAUGGCUGCUGUGAUGGGAGUUAUUUUAUACAGAAUGUCUUUAUUAACAACUCUGAGUGUUUACGGACACUCAGCGAUCACAAGUAACGCAAUAUUAUUCACAACUGCCACUGCAGCGUGUCUCAAUUUAUGCUGCAUCUUUCUGUUCAACUGGAUCUACAUUUGGCUCGCUGAAUAUCUCACAGAGUUAGAACUUCUUCGCACCCAAACGGAGUUCGAUGAUAGUUUGACGUUAAAAAUUUAUCUUUUACAAUUUGUCAAUUACUACGCAUCUAUAUUCUACAUUGCAUUUUUUAAGGGUAAAUUUAUUGGACACCCACGUACUUACAAUAGAUUUUUUCGUUAUCGGCAAGAAGAAUGUGGUCCCGGUGGCUGUUUAACUGAACUCUGUAUUCAAUUAAGUAUUAUUAUGAUCGGUAAACAAUUUAUGAACUCAUUGUUGGAAAUGUUAUUUCCGUUGUACUAUAAAUGGAUUAACACCUGGAAAGUUCAUAUCAAGUCUACUGAAAGUGUCAAGAAAAAUGAUAAAUUUAUUUUGAGAAAACACUUGCCUUGGGUCAGAGAUUUUAAACUUGUAGAAUGGGGACCCAGGAGUCUAUUCCCCGAAUAUUUAGAAAUGGUUCUACAGUAUGGAUUUAUCACAAUAUUCGUAGCAGCAUUUCCUCUGGCACCUUUCUUUGCACUGAUAAAUAAUAUUUUUGAAAUGAGACUAGACGCGAAGAAAUUGCUGAUCAUGUACAGGAGACCCGUAGGCCAGCGCGUUAGAGAUAUUGGUAUUUGGUACAGAAUUUUAGAUUCAAUUUCAAAGUUGUCAGUGAUUACGAAUGCCUUCAUUAUAGCAUUCACGUCAAAUUUUAUUCCUAAACUAGUUUACCAGUUGAAGAUUUCUGAUGAUUACUCAUUAGAAGGUUUUCUCGAGUACUCUUUAUCAAAAUUUAAUACGUCUGAUUUUUUAAGUGAACAUCGACCAUUAAUUAAUACGUAUCAGGAAGACAUUGAAAUAUGUCGUUACCCAGAUUUCCGUGAAUCACCAACUUCUCCCAAAAAAUAUGAUUUUACAAAUAUUUACUGGCAUAUUCUUGCGGCGAGACUUGCAUUUGUCGUAGUUUUUGAGAAUGCUGUUGCUGUUGUAAUGAUUUUUGUACGCUGGUGUAUCCCGGACAUAAGCCCUAAACUUGCAGACAAAAUUCGCCGGGAAACAUACAUCACUAAUGAAAUAAUUAUUCAGCAUGAAGCACAACGGGCAUGCUCGCGGUCGUCUGCUGCAAAUGAACCUGAAGUAGUACGAAGACGAGCGUACACUUAUGAAAAUGCCGAUAGAUGGAAUCGGGUUAUGAGAGAUUCUCUCACCAUGGCUGAGUUUGAUCUAGAAGUUCAUGGAGCUCCGUCUUCGCCAGUUAGAACGGGUCCAGCUGCUCUCUGAUAAACAAAACUCACUCUACCUUAACUGAAAAUACUCAUUAAAAAAAAUUUUUACACGUAAGCAUGUGAUAUUAUAAAUAAUUUGGGAUAUUUUAUUUUUCGAUACUUCAGAGCGAUCUAUUUUAAAAUAUUUUUUUUGAAUAUCCAUAGACAUUUACAAAAUAUAUUUACACGCUUAGUUUAUUUGAGAGAUGAUAUAAAUGUUGAUCAAUUAAUAAAAUUUUAUCA